CAGUUGUAUACAGUCGCUUAUGGUUUAGUAUGAAUAAUAUGAAAGAGUGAUUGAUUCUGUUUAUGAGGCAUGAUAUAAAAGAAAAUAAUGGUUGUUUUGUUCAAAAUGGGUUUCCAUAGUAAAACCAGGAAAUUACAUUAUUCAAUAUUUUUUAAGCGUACAGUUGGUGGUUCAGUAUGAAUAACAAGUAUAAUAGCGCAUUGCUUCUUCUAUCGUUUUGACAAGUUACUGGCAAAAGCAUAAUCAUAUUGAAGGGUGCGUUUGGCAGUUAUGAGAUUGGUCUUGGGUUCAACUAGCAAUGUGUAUGUUUGAAUACGAUAAAAUUUUUGGAGGAAUCUAUGUCAUUGUAAUUUGUUUUUUAAUUCUUGCAAGGAAGGCACCGCAGUUGAGGCUCUCAUAUGGUUUUUUAAAAAAAACAAGAUUACAGAUAAAAUUGCUUGAGCAUCAUAAAACAAAUGUCGUGCACUUUAUGAAAUGGUAGUGUCAAGAACUAAUUUAGGCCCUAUGUUAUAGGCCUACUUGAUUAACUGAAUGAAUUACUUGGUUUCAACUUCUUAACUUAUACUGUACUCUUAGGCUCAGGGCCAGGGGCCUGAUACUGUACCAAAAAUGGACAGCAAGAAACAAACAAAAUAAAUUAAGAUGCAACUUUUAAGCGUCACUGCCUUAUUAAGAACCCAAUCUUUAUUACUUAAUUAAAGUUAAUUUGCAUAAAAUAAUACUUAUUAAACCAUAACUACAUAUUGUAUUGACGUCAUAUUUCUAAAGAGUUUCGGCUAAAUAGCUAUUAUUGCCUUGGGUGACACUGAGUGAUAUCGGAUAUUUCCCAUUAUCCAUUUCUGGUACAUACGUACUUGCUCAACUUUCUAAGACGUGCUGUUUUGCUUGUUUCACAUCUGUUUGCCAUUCUGAGAUGGCAGACCAAGAGUCUGAACAGAAAAGAGAUAGUGGAGAGGAAUCUGACGACGAAGAAGUCUUAGAAGAAAGUCCAUGUGGCCGAUGGCAAAAAAGACGCGAAGAGGUGGACCAGAGAGAUGUCCCUGGAAUCGACAGCGCGUUUUUGGCAAUGGACACAGAGGAGGGAGUGGAAGUUGUUUGGAACGAAGUUCAGUUCUCGGAGAAGAGAGAUUUCAGAGCUCAGCAGGAUAAAAUCAGACAAGUCUUUGACAAUCUCUGCCGCCUUGACCAUCCCAACAUCAUCAAAUUUCACAAGUACUGGACGGAUACAAAGACCGACAAACCAAGGGUGAUAUUCAUUUCUGAGUACAUGUCGUCUGGAAACUUGAAACAGUUUUUGAAGAAAACCAAGAAAAACAACAAGACAUUCCAGCUAAAGGCAUGGAAGAGAUGGUGCACUCAGAUUCUAUCUGCUCUCAGUUAUCUACAUUCUUGUGACCCUCCCAUCAUUCACGGGAACCUCACAACAGAAACAAUCUACAUACAACACAAUGGACUGAUCAAGAUAGGAUCAGUGGCCCCAGAUGCAAUCCAUCACCAUGUGAAGACGUACAGUGAAGAUCUGAAGAACAUGCAUUACUCAGCUCCUGAAUAUGAAGACAGUGAACAGAUGACAACAAAGGUCGAUAUUUAUUCUUUUGGGAUGUGUGCUCUUGAGAUGGCCACAUUAGGUUUCCAGCCCAAUGGUGAUAGCCCCGGGGCUCAGAAAGACGUCAUUAGUCAGUCGUUGGAACUGGUGGAGAAUCCCCUACAAAAGGACUUUUUACACAGCUGUCUUCAACGUGACCCCAAAAUUCGUCUUACUGCCCGCGAGCUGUUGUUCCACAAGGUUUUGUUUGAAGUGCACUCUUUGAAGCUUGUUGCUGCCCACAAGAUAGUCAAGUGCAAUGCCUUAUUAGCAGAAAAUUUGACAGAAACAUCCCAUGCUGCCAAAACAGAUGACCCGAACCGAGUGAUAGCCGAAAUCCACCGUGCGAACGGCCAGGUGGUCCAGUGGAAAGUCUCUCAGACGCCCGUGCUGGAGCUGGACAAACUGUUGGAUGAUGUCAAAAAUGGCAUUUAUCCGCUGACAGCUUUUUCCAUGAGCUAUCCGCCUGCGUCCCGUCCACGUGCAAUAAGUCCAGAGGUGGCAGAGUCGGUCAAGUCCGAGACGCCAGAGCCCUAUGACGUGGAGACGAGAAUGAUAGUGUCCAUGACCUGCCAGGUGUUGAGAUUGGAAGACCACCCUCAUCCUCAGCUGACCCUUCUGGUCCGGUUUGAUGACCAGAUCAACCGACAACUCCAGUGUGAGAUUACCAAUGACUCAGGAGAAUCAUUGGCCGAUGAUCUAGUCUACCAUGGUUUUAUCAACGAAAAAGACAGAGACAAGGUUGCAUCAUUGAUUGGGGGUACAUUGCCCUCAACGAGUAUUGUCCAGUCCCCUGACAGAAUAGUGUCCCCAAAUCUGGUGGGAAAUGUCUCCUAGUCUUUGAGGAACAGGGUGUUUGUCACCUUUUGCCUAUUGUCUUGUGUAAUAGUGAUGAAUAUUCCCUGUGCUCAUGUCUGAUGCUACUUACUAUUUCUGUGCAUCCUCUCUCACCCUCACACAAUAGUACUAUUAUUGAUUACAUGCAUGAUGAUUGUAUGAAUAUGAAUAGUAUGAGACCAUGGUGGAGGUAUGGCUUUCGCAGCCAGAAAUCUGCCGUGGACCCUGGACCACUUAAAACAUUCAUUUGGUUUUGACCAAGCGCCUUUCUAGCAGCCAUAUAGUCUAGAAAUAUGCGGAAGUGUGGAAGAUGAGCCAUGAUAUUAUUGAAGCUUUCAAGUCUUUACCAUUAUUGCUUUGCUGAAUUGUGGAUAACGAGUGUGGUAUGAAGUGCAUGCUUUUCAAUAAAAUAGCCGAGUUUUGUUCCUCCUGCUGUUUGGUGAUUGUGGAGUUUUGAGUUGAAUGUCAUAUGAUAUACAUGUCUACUGUGUGCUUGAACAUGUCCUAUGCUGGGGACGGGGCUGAAAGAGUUCACAUUUUCUAAACUGCUAUUUUGUCUUGUGUUUUUGAAUGAAGUAGAGUGUGCAACUGUGAUGACUUUAUUUGAUGAUGUUGAAAUACUUUCUGGAAAGCUACCUACUCAAACAAUGUUCAGUCCUGCUCUAUAGCACCUUGACCAUUGUUAUUGAACUCGUGGGAAUGCGUCUGUUGUUAACACAUAUUUCAUGAGGGUCAUAUUUAGAAGAGGGUAUGGUUUCCACAUUUUUUAAAAUCUGUCAUCAGAUGAAGAAAGUUUUGUUUUUGUGCACAGACCUAGCGAGCUCUGAUCAUGGAAUUGAUUGUGCAUCAAGGUUCAACCUUUUGACAGAAAAAAUCAUCCAUAGCGAUACUGGUAAAGAAAGGGAUGAGUGUGUAAUUUCUUUUUGGAAUAGCUGAAUAACUUUUGGACCCCCUCACUGCAAAAAGUAUCAGAAGACAGCAAAAAGAGAACAAAUUUAUUGGGCAUUGAUAAGUACUUGCCUGUUUCAUUCCUUUGUUUCAGAGGGCUGGGAGCUUAGUCUUGUAACAAAACGGCAAAGUAAAUUUCUCUUGAUUGAUGGGUGAAACUGCUCGUAGUUGUCCCCCUUUUGUACCAGAAGAGAUGAAUGGUUAACACUUGCCAUUUCUGUUGAACACUUGUUUGCUGACCAAUACAAAGUUUUCUCAUUAUUAAUCCUAGAUAUGUGGUUUUUGAAAAAGCUCCAGCAGUAUUUUCCUUCCUUUGAACAAUCUAGCAUAUUGCAUAAUGAGGAUAUUAUUUUGAUAAGCGCCCAAUUUCACUUUGAUGCCACACAUAUAAGAAUUAAAAUAAGAAAGUUAAGGCUAGGAAGAACAAUAAAUUUCAUCUAAUUACAUCUGUUUCAGAUAGAGCUCAAGUGUGGAGAUAUAAUUUCUAUUGUUACAGCAAUGUAAUAGUUCUUUAGUGUAGUGUAGAAAGGUGCAAAGAGAGGAUUGUUUGUGGGCCCUGUCAGCCACAGAGAGACUGACACACCAUGUGCUGAUGAAUUAGAGUAUAUACCUUUGUCCUGUCAUUUUUCCCAUCAACUGUGAACAUUCACAUACAAUUUGUUGACAAUUACAAUGGGCAAUACCAUUGGCCAGGGGUCACCGAACCGCAGCCUUUUGGGCAGGUCAGGUCUGCGAACUUUAAAGAUGUGGUUGUUUUUAUUGUUCCUAGGACUUGGUCACCAAAAUAGUUCAAUCUUUUCGUUGAACUCUACCAUGAAAAUCCAACAUGCUUUUAUAAGCUUCAUAAAUCCAGGCUACUGUGCAUGUUCUGAUGUAAUCAGUGUAAUGUACGGAAAGAAAUAGUUCUCCCAUUCAAACUUGGCCUUGUCUCAAUUAUUUGGCCCACUUUGAAAAAAAAGUGGUGACUCUUGAGAGCACGAAACUUGUAUCGUCAAAAAUUUCCCUUUUCGGAUCCUGUGUCCAAGUUCCCAAAGCCUUGAGUUGCAGGUGCAAGAACUGCUAGAAGAGCCAAAAAAAAAAAAAUGUUUGUGGUAGAAAGGUGUAGGCUCAUUCCAUGCAUGCCCUUCUAGCACAGUGAAAGAUGAAAUGGUAACAUAAUACAAAAGAGUGACUGGAACUUUAAGGCUUGAUUUUAUAGUGUUGGCAAGUACUCAUUCCUUACUUGUAUGAAUAUAUAUAUAUAUAUAUUUGUACCUCAUAUCUUUAUGUGCACUCACAGUAUUCUAAACAAAAAUAUUCUUUUGUGUUUUGUGAAAGUCACUGCAUAGAUCCUAUAUUCUUUUUUUUUAAAUUGUGGGAAGUCUUCAGUUCAUUGUAACAACACUGGAUACAUUCCUCUAAAAUAGGCAUUGGUUGAGUUGUAGAACUUUUGUUAUACCUCAUACUGUAUUUAGGUUUUCAUGUACCACUAGUACUUAACCAUCGUUUUGUCGAAUGCACUUCUCAUAAAGAACUUAAAAGUUGUAUCUUAUUUCCUGAAUCAUAAACGAUUAAUGCUGAUAAGAAUGUUACUUCUAUUAGAACUGCAAGAAACUGUGUCACAGUGUGAGAUUUGUAGCUAGUAUUUCUUUUUUCAUUACAGUAACAUAGCUCAAGUCACUCUGAUGCUGUGGUCUUUUGAUUGAUGCUGUGGUCUUAUGAAUACAACUUUCUAUCUACAUUUUUCCAAAUCUGAUUUGGCUAUUUGACUCUUGAAUUGCCUACUGGUGAAUCUUCUGGUUUAUAGAUUCUUUUGAUAUUUUUCCUGUGCAUGAUCUACUCAUGGAUUUGUGCAGUGUGUUUAUUUCUUUAUCUUGUCUUUUUCUUAGUCACAGAGCGAUAUGCCACAAAUCACACGCUUCGACAGCAUGUCAGUUUUCAGCUUUUGGCAUAGAAGAAGAGGAUCGCAAAGAUAUGUAUUAAAUAUGUGGAAUUUUUAAAUUUUUUUUACUUUGAAAAAAGAUUUCAAACACAUCAGUCAAUACUUUUGGAUGGCAAGGUGUUAAUUUGUGCAGUUUAAACUCUUUACAAACUAAACUUAUUGGUCAACCUGUUGUUUUACGGGACGCAAGUUCCUGGCAGUUACUCAAACUGAAGAGGUUGUAAUAGUUGUCUGUGCCUUUUUUUUUGUCUGAGAAUCCUAUCACACACAUGUCUCUCUGACAGGCCCAUUCUUGUCCUCUGGUUAUGCUACAUUUGGAACUUUCAAAUAAAUUUCACUUUGUCAGUUGUGGCAGUGUCACAGAGCUCAGCUUUCACCUGUUUGACUUCAAUGUAAUUAAUGUAAUUCCCUCACAGAUUCCACCAUUAGAACACCCGAUUGUCAUACGAACUCUGAUCAUCACGCUCCAUCCUCACUACUGAAUGUCAUAUUUAUGUGUGUAUACAUGUACAUAGCCUGUGCAAAGAUUCCUCCAACAUAAUGUUGAUAGCAUUUCACUUCAUCACUGCAUUGGCAUUAUAUCUUUUCUUGUCUGGUCUGUGCAUGUAUGUGACGUACAGUGACUGUCUCUAGUUGACUAAUGUGUCCCUUCAUAGACUUUGGUGUGCUCUCAGGAAAUUCCUGAUCUCAUCUUCUUUUUUUUUUUUCCUGCUCUGAUUUGUAGGUGUCUGUUCCCUGUCCAUUUAUUGCUCAUUGAGUUCUGCUGUGGUAACAUAUGACAUCAUUCUCAUUUGUUUGCUCUAACUACUCUAUACAAAGGGGUUCUGCUGUGGUAACAUCUGACAUCUCUCUCAUUUGUUUGCUCUAACUACAGUAUACAAAGGUUUGUUUUUUUUCAUGCGCUAUAAGAAUUCGCAAUUUUUUUUUUAAAUCCGCAAAGUCAAGUUGUGAGCAAAAUGUGGAAGUGUUAAGUGAGUGUUGCACAACUGUAUUUUGUCUGUGUUUCUCUUGUCUCUUUUAUCCACCUUCUAUAUACUGUAUAAUCCUACUGUAUAAUCCACUUAUAUUGACAUGGUUUGGGAAGUGGAUUGGAUGUCGAUAUAUAUAAAAAUGUUGAUUUUAAAAAAUAUAAAGCCAAA